ACCCAAGAAACAGCCCAAAGAAUUCUUCUAGAACCUUACAAGUACUUACUUCAGUUACCAGGGGACACGGGUUCGAGCCGUGGUGCGGGAAGAUCCCGCAUGCCGCGGAGCAACUAAGCCCAUGUGCCACAACUACUGAGCCUGCACUCUAGAGCCCGCAAGCCACAACUACUGAAGUCCUUGCACCUAGAGCCCGUGCUCCGCAACAAGAGAAGCCACCGCAGUGAGAAGCCCACACGCCGCAACGAACAGUAGCCCCCGCUCACCGCAACUAGAGAAAGACCAUGAAGCAACGAAGACCCAAUGCAGCCAUAAAUAAAUAAAUAAAUACAUAGAUACAUACAUACAUCCAUACCUGAGUAUGUGUAAACAAGUGAGAACCAAACUUUCACAGGCGUUUAAUCAUUGGCUAAGAGUUCCAGAAGACAAGCUACAGAUUAUCAUUGAAGUGACGGAAAUGUUGCAUAAUGCCAGUUUACUCAUCGAUGAUAUUGAAGACAACUCAAAACUCCGUCGUGGCUUUCCAGUGGCACACAGCAUCUAUGGAAUUCCAUCUGUCAUCAAUUCUGCCAAUUAUGUAUAUUUUCUUGGCCUAGAGAAAGUCUUAACCCUUGAUCACCCAGAUGCAGUAAAGCUUUUUACCCGCCAGCUUUUAGAACUCCAUCAGGGACAAGGCCUGGAUAUCUACUGGAGGGAUAAUUACACUUGCCCCACUGAAGAAGAAUAUAAAGCAAUGGUGCUGCAGAAGACAGGAGGACUAUUUGGAUUAGCAGUAGGUCUCAUGCAGUUGUUCUCUGAUUACAAAGAAGAUUUAAAGCCACUACUGAAUACACUUGGGCUCUUUUUCCAAAUCAGGGAUGAUUAUGCUAAUUUACACUCCAAAGAAUAUAGUGAAAACAAAAGCUUUUGUGAAGAUCUAACAGAGGGAAAGUUCUCAUUCCCUACUAUUCAUGCUAUUUGGUCAAGGCCUGAAAGCACCCAGGUGCAGAAUAUCUUGCGCCAGAGAACCGAAAAUGUAGAUGUUAAAAAAUACUGUGUACAUUAUCUUGAGAACGUAGGUUCUUUUGAAUACACUCGGAAUACUCUUAAAGAGCUUGAAUCUAAAGCCUAUGAACAAAUCGAUGCACGUGGUGGGAACCCUGAGCUAGUAGCUCUAGUAAAACACUUAAGUAAAAUGUUCAAAGAAGAGAAUGAAUAAUAUUAAGCCAUUCUUGAUUAGGCCUGAUAGCCUAGUUGACUUUUUUUUUUUUUUUUUUUUUGUCUUUUAGCCUAUUACCUUUUUUAGAAUUUGGACCAAGCUGUUAGUCUCCAAAAACUGAGUGAUAGUGGUGAUGUGAGUGAGGUUGUUUGAAUAUAGAAUCCCCGCGUACAGAUAAUCAUAGUACCAAGUUGAAGGAAUCAAAAGGAGCCACGUUUAAAUGAGUCUAAUUUGAAUGUCAGAAUGUGCUGUGUUGGGACGUUGUGGCCAACUCUGCCAUGCAUGUUCUGUUGAUUCUGUCAAUAAAGAAGACUUCAGCUCCA